UAAUAAUAAUAAACGUCAUAAUAAUAAGACGUCACAAGAAUGUGUGAUUAAAACAGAAAAAUGAUAUUCUCAUUCUCAUAAAUAUUUUACAUAGUUUAUAAUAGGAUAAUUCCUAAUAUAUCAAAACUUAAUAACGUAUAACUAUAUAGUAGUAACCAAAAUUAAACAUGGGCAAUGAGCAGUCUACUAAUAUACCAGGUAUAGAUAUUAGGGAAAAAGCAGUAGAGGUUUGUGAUUUUUGGACACAGCAUUCCGCAGUAAUUUUUAAUCAAGAAAGCAGUUCGCAUUUAACUGUAUUUAUUGGAGAACUAUUUAUGGACACUGCUUAUUUAUGGAAGUCACAACCUCCUCUCCAAAUAAAUUCAAAGCAUUUGAUGAUAUACAGACAUCCCUGCAUUGUAAAAUAUGUAUCUUCUUGGCAUAAAGACUUGGCAAAGUAUUAUCUGGCCGUUGAAGAAAUAACCCCCUUGUCUCAGGAAAUUGCAAAACUAAGUGGUCUUGAAAUUUCAGUUGGAUUACAUUCCAUUCUGAAAGCACUUAAUUUUUUACACAGUCAUGCCGAAGUAUCUCACAAUAAUUUGUGCAUAUCCUCAAUAUAUGUAUCAAAAGAAGGAAAUUGGAAAUUGGCUGGAAUGGAAUUUUUAUGCAAAUACAAAGAUUUAACUGUGGAUUAUUUAAACAAAUGUAAGUCCAAUAGGUACAGUAAAUCAGUUGACCCAAAUGAGGAAAAACUGUUCCAGAUGAGUUCGACUAGGAAAGAUUUUAUUGAUAUCUAUGCAUUUGGAGUGUUAGCAUCUGAUCUAUUAAAAACUUUUAAGGAUGAAAGUGAUAUGGACUCAUUGGAAAGCUUUAUUGGAUUUUGUAAAAAUGAAUUACUGAAUACAGACUUCUCGAAGAGGCCGACAUUUAAAUCAAUAUUAGAACACGAAUUUUUCAAUAACGAUUUUAUCACAAUAAAUUCAUUUCUCUUAGAACUACCCGUUAAAAAUGAUAAUGAAAAAUUAAAUUUCUUUCAAAAUCUGAAACACAGGUUGUUUAAAUUUGAGGAAGAACUAGUUGCAUCACAGCUGAGCGGAUUGUUGUUGUCACGGUUGGUUUUAUUAAAUAAAACAGCUCAAACCAGUUUUCUUCCCUUUUUGCUAACACCUCAAACAGGUGAUGAAAAUGAAGAAACGUCAACAUUGUUUUCUGAAAACACAUUUAAGAAGUAUCUGUGUCCUAAAUUGUUGGAGAUUUUUAAGGUUCGAGAUGUUGAAAUUCGUUUAUUAUUGUUAUCGUUUUUUCCAAAAUAUAUGCACACUUUUAAUCAUGAAGACCUUCAGAAUCGAAUUUUACCAGAGCUGCUAGUUGGAAUUAAGGAUACCAAUGACCAUCUAGUCUCCGUCACACUGACAACAUUAGCGUUGCUUGUACCAGUUUUAGGUUCCGAAACUGUAGUCGGAGGCAAAAGGGCGAAACUAUUUAAUGACUUUCGACCAACCCAUUCAGUUAGAAGAUCAUCGAAAAAAGUAAACCCGGAAAUCUUUCAAAACUCAUCCACUUCAGCCCAGAUACCCCAAGAGGCCGAUCAGAUAAGUUUUAGUGGUCUAGAAAAUGAACUAAAUAUUGUUAGUGAAUUGCCCGAGAGACCCAGACCUGAUGGUGAAGAAGGUGAAACAUCAACCGAAGAAGUGGAACCUUCGGCAGACGAGGAUGUAGAUAAUUGGGACGACUGGGACAUAAAUGAAACUCGCCAAACGAUAACUACAGAUACAUCAACGUAUAGAGACAAUCGUGUCAUAUUAAUUGAUGAAUCAAGCACGAAUAUAGCAACAUCUCAGCAUAAAGUAAAAAUUCCAGAUAUUUCCGAACUAGAUAUAAAAACUCAAUCUGUGGUUAACGAGCAGAAUGAUAUAAAUUUCUUUCAGGAUAUGGAGCCAGUGAUAGAAAGUUGUAAUAAGUUUAUUGUAGAUGAGAGUAAGGAUGAUAUUGUGGUUACAAAUGAGCUAAGUAGUAAACUUGCUGUGAGUGGUCUCAACGAUGAAAAUAAUGCAGGGUGGGAAGAAGAAGACUGGGAUUAAGUUGUUUUAAAGACUGCCGUUUAUAUUUCUUUUACGUUGAUUCGAAUCUGGCGAAUUUAAGUACUACAACAAAAUGAUAAGUUUAAAACAGUGAUUUUAAGAAUAUGGUGCAGUUUUUCGUUGCCAUAAAAAUAUUAUGCAUAUUUUACAAUAUACGUUUUAUAUUUAUACAAUCUUUAUUGUCACAUAUUCAGUAUUAUAUUGAAUUAAAAAACAGAAAAUAAAUUCUUUAUUAUUA